GCCGUUCUGCCUUCAGCGGCGCUCCUUCGCGUCCGUCUUCGACUCCGGCCGCCGCGGCCGCCGCUCCCGCCGCCUUCCCCGGCCGCCGCGUCCACGCGAGACCCCGGCUUCACGCGCGGCCUACCCCUUCUUUUUUUUUUUUUCCCCUUUCCCCUUCUUCCCCCCGCGGCCUUGGGCGACAUGGCCCGGCCGGCCGUGCCCAGCUCGCAGAAGGCCCUGCUGCUGGAGCUGAAGGGGCUGCAGGAGGAGCCGGUGGAGGGCUUCCGAGUCAGCUUGGUCGACGAGGGCGACCUGUACAACUGGGAGGUGGCCAUCUUCGGGCCCCCCAACACCCACUACGAGGGGGGCUACUUCAAGGCUCGUCUCAGGUUCCCCGUUGACUACCCAUAUUCGCCGCCUGCCUUCAGGUUCCUGACCAAAAUGUGGCAUCCUAACAUAUACGAGACUGGAGAUGUUUGCAUCUCCAUCUUGCAUCCUCCGGUGGACGACCCACAGAGUGGAGAGUUGCCUUCAGAGAGGUGGAAUCCGACCCAGAACGUGAGAACGAUCCUCCUGAGCGUGAUCUCGCUACUCAAUGAGCCAAACACCUUCUCCCCGGCAAACGUCGACGCUUCUGUGAUGUACCGGAAGUGGAAGGAGAGCAAAGGGAACGAUCAGGAAUACACGGACCUCAUCAGGAAGCAAGUCCUGGGCACAAAGGUGGACGCCGAACGGGACGGCAUCAAAGUCCCCACGACGCUGGCGGAGUACUGCGUCAAGACGAAGACGCCCGCGCCGGACGAAGGCUCCGACCUGUUCUACGACGAGUACUACGAGGACGACGAAAUGGACGAUGAGGACGACGACGACAGCUGCUACGGGGACGAGGACGACUCGGGCAACGAGGAGUCUUGACGAGGAUCCUCCCCCUCUCUUUCUCUCCCCCCGCCCCCCUCCGUUCCCCUCCCUAUCCUGCCACCGCCUGCUGCUGCCGCCGCUCCUGAUAGUAGCAAUAAACUAUCUGACUCUUUUACUUGAACCCAGGACGCAACCGGCUGAGACUUUGGGAAACUCUUUUUUUUUUGCCCUGAGACAAAAACGAAACACACACACACAAAAAAAAAACUCUACCUCAAGAGGGAGACUUGGUUUCUGCUUGGCGUGGUGGGUGGGCUGUUUUUUGGGAGGGGUGGGGGCGGGUGGCACUUGUACAAUUCAGCUUAAAAUGCUGCGUGUUUUCACUUCGUUUUUGUUUUUUUCAUUUUUUGUUGGGAGAGGGUAGGUCGUUCCUCCAGAUCCAACUUGCCUGCAUGCUGGUGGGUCAUCCUCAGGGGCGUUGCAAGGACGGGCCCCGGAUCUAUAUCCUGGAACCAAUAAAAGUUUCUUCCUCUUACUGACGCCAUGCAGGGGGAAAGAUUCAAGGGAUGUGUGUGUGUGUAAUGUUCCCUUUCCAGAUUACCCUGCAGGGCAACACAGCUGAGGAAGAAAAAUUCAUUGCCUUGGGACGAUCUGGGCCCUGGGGACAAAUUAAUUGAAGAACUGGAUUGGAAGUGAUUUGGCUGAGACCAGAAUUGGCUGGCUUUGCCUCCUGUGGAAUUCAAACAAUUCCUAGUGAUCCUUUCUGAAUUUGGGUAGAGAUUCCGUGCCGUUUCGUGCCACGCAGGCCCUGAAUCUUCAGAUCCUAGCAACGCCCCUGGUCAUCCUGCCUGCCUGCCUGCAUUCAGUCUCUGGAUUAACCAAACACAGCACUUGGACGAUUAGAUUGUUGUUGUUUUAAAAAAAUUAGACCACCUUACUUUGGGAGAAUUCUCCGCGAAAGUGAGGAUUUGCAUAGAUUUGCAGAUGUGUUGGUCGUACUUUUAGCCGCACGAAUCUGGGAGUUCCAUGGCUUCGUCCUUGGCUUGGCGCCACAGAGGGCAAAUCCGUUCUGAGCACUUGCCGUUCCCCUGACCUUUUUCCCCCCCGCCCCGCGUCCCCCUCUCAUUCAUCCGGAAGGGUUUGCUUGCACCUCGGCGGUGUGUUUUUCAAACCUUGGAGGGCAGGAGGACUUGAUAGAAAAACGUGGCGGUCCGUGGGCCGGAAAUGGUUUUGUGGGAUUGGUGAUUUUAAGUCGGCGGCCGGCGUUUUUCUUUUCCGUUUGCUUUGUGGUUUUAUUCUGUUACGUUUCGUUUGUUUUGUUCUCCUGGUUUUGAAACUAUUUAAUAAAAGGACUUUGAAAGAA